AUGUUAUUUAAUGCAGAUACGAAGCUUAUUUCCUUAACUAACGGGAAAAUUCUUCUUAUGGUGAAUGGAUACACGUUUCACAAGGGGGGUGGUCAUAUCAGGUGUUUUGGUGGAGUCAAGUGGAGAUGCUCUGCGUCGAAGAAGAAGUGCAAAGCUUAUGUAGCGAUGUCCGAUCAAGAUGACUACGUAAUAAGAUACUAUUUAAACCACAAUGACCAUGAACAUGAUAAACUGUCUUCCACGUCAAUAGACGAAUGUAAUAUCGCAGAAGAGACAGAUGAUGUUUGUAAUGAUGUUUUCUUAGAUAUAGACCGUUCCAAUAAUCGCCCUGCCAGACUUACUGUGCUGUUGCAGGAUAUUAAACACAGCGAUAUGAAGGAAACCCAUAGAUCUACUACUACUGAAAUUAAUGAUCGUGCACCAGAAGCUGUAAAUAAUAAUGCUGUUGAAGAUUCUUCAACUCCCUCAAAUAUAAGAAAAAGGACUCUAAACCCACAAGCCUGGGCAGAUGUUAAAAGAAAGAAACUUCUAAAUUCAGGAAAGAAAUAUCGUAGCAGAACGGGGCGCAUCGUCAAGGAAAGGAUUAUGGGUCCAACUUGUAACUGUAAAUUUCAAUGUGGCACAAAAAUUUCAGAAGAUGAGCGAAUAAGAUUUUUCAAAAAAUUUUGGGAACUUGGUGACAGGGAAAAACAAUGGUUAUGGAUAGUUAAAUACACAAAAAAGCAUAAUAAGUUAAGAACGACAUUACAAAGAAAGUUAAUGUAUAACAGACAGUACACUUAUAGGUAUUAUUUACCUAUCGAUAAAAAAGGCGAUGUCAUUAAAGCCAAAGUAAAUGUAUGCAAAAUUAUGUUCCAAAACACACUAAAUAUCGGCAAUUCUAUGGUCAAAACAGCGUGGGAAAAGUAUGAUAGUGAUAACACGAUUAAAGCAGACAUGCGUGGUCGUCAUAAUAAUCACAGAAGAAUUAUAGAUAAGGAUAUGACAGCAUCAGUCUGCGAUCAUGUCAGAACUUUUGAACCCGUUAAAUCAAGUAACAGAUCACAUAUACUUUAUUUAAAUGGCAGUCUUAAUUUCACUCGAAUGUUUGAUUUAUACUGGAAGUGGCCUGAUUUGAAAAACUAUGCCAAACGAGCUUCAACAGUUCGUCAAUACAGGGACAUUGUAAAUAAGCACUUCAAUGUAACUUUCUGU